GAGGGCGCUAAUCGAGAUGUCCUCUUAUUUCCAUGGUGAUGAACGCAGCGGGGCUAGAGGUCAGAGUUGAAUGUUUGACAGAAAGCUGAUCAUGGAUUCUAUAUUUCAUGAGAAACAAGAGGGCUCUCUUUGCGCCCAACACUGCCUCAACAACCUCCUGCAGGGUGAGUAUUUCACCCCUGUGGAUCUGUCCUCCAUCGCUCAUCAGCUCGAUGAAGAGGAGAGGAUGAGGAUGGCUGAGGGAGGUAUGGCCAGUGAAGAGUAUAGGACCUUUCUACAGCAACCAUCUGGGAACAUGGAUGACAGCGGGUUCUUUUCAAUACAAGUUAUUAGCAAUGCACUGAGAGUGUGGGGCUUGGAGCUCAUCCUCUUCAACAGCCGGGAGUACCAGACCAUGAUGAUUAAUCCAAUAAAUGAGAAAGCCUUCAUUUGCAACUACAAGGAGCACUGGUUUACUAUACGCAAACUUGGACAACAGUGGUUUAACUUGAAUUCCCUGCUGACUGGACCAGAGUUGAUAUCAGACACCUAUCUAGCCCUUUUCCUUGCACAGUUACAACAAGAAGGUUAUUCCAUAUUUGUGAUCAGAGGAAACCUGCCUGAGUGUGAAGCAGAGCAGAUUCUCGGGAUCAUGAGGGUGCAGCAGCAGCAGCGACCAAGGCUUAUUGGAGAGGAUGAAUCCCAGACAAGUGCAGGCAGGUCAGCAGCUCUGAACCAGACGGAGAUGGCCUUUGGUGUGGAGGAUGAGGUUGUGGAUGAUGACGAUGAGCUGAAGAGAGCUCUGGCACUCAGCAGACAGGACAUAGAUGUGGAAGAUGAAGAAGCUGAUCUUCGCAGGGCCAUUCAGCUGAGCAUGCAAGGAGCAGUGUUGAGCAACAUGUCUUCAGAGUCCGAAAUGGGGAAUGUGAAAUCAGGGAGCCAGGCAGCAGGGAGUGCUGGAGGACAAAGAGAAGGCCAGAAUGAGGCGCUCACAGCCGAGGAGCUGCGGAAGAGGAGACAAGCCUAUUUUGAUCGGCAGCAGCAACAAGCUCAGCCGAACAUUCCCCAACAACCAGACACAAAACCAACAGGUGGCUCAGUCUCAGUAAACACUGGCUCCAAGGAGGACCAACAACAAAAGCCCAGCCAGUGAAGAUGUGCGAGUAUGUCUGUGUUGUUUACCAGCUGCCUGGAUUGGCAACCCCGCACAGGGGUAGCUUUGCUCCUUCCUCUAACCUUUUGCACAUGCGAACAUAAGGACAGUCAGAAGGCUGACAGGUUUCCCCCGGUUAGUUCGCUGACAGGCUUUAGAGAAGAGAACAACGACAAAGAAAAGGCAGCAGUUAGUCCAAUCUAACUCAGUGAGACACUGACGCUGGGAAAAGGGUGACCACAGAACUCAUAAUGCAGUUAAUCCAAGUUUGCAAUUGCCUUUUUACCAUGGCGCCUUCUAUUUCUAUUGUAUAUUGUUCUUUUUAUUCUCAUUUUUUCUCUGGAAGAGAUGGAAAGGAAUCUUCAGCAUACGAAGAGUGUGUUUACUUGUUUGGAGGUGAAUACGUGCAGAGACGGGUGUUCUGUGAAAGCCAUAGGAGACCAAUUUAAGACAACAGAUGAAAGUUUGAUAGAUAAUGACAGAGCCCCAUACCUUCACAAUGUAGGACACAUGAUGUGAUUCCAACACCUGCCACACUAAAACACAAGUGUAGUUUUGAAAACAUUUCUUGUACUGAGAUGCAUCUUUUAGCCAGCAGCACUAACAUAUGUGGGUCUUUUAUUUCUGACUUCAUCACUCAUUUUACUUCAGAACAUCUAAGAUUGAACUCUCAAGAUAUUUAGACAACAUAUUUUUGAUGUUGUGGCUUUGUUAUUACCUUUAAGUGUAGGCGUAAUGAAAUAUAGGAUUACACGGCUCACAAACACUUAAUUUUAGGGUGUUUUGUCUAUUUUGGAUGGGCUGAACAAUAUAAUUCUAUAGAGAUACUUGCUGAAUCUAAGAUGCUUUUGACUGAUACAUCACUUUUCAUAUCUUGUUCAGAAUAAGUUGACAUGUAAUGGGGAACAAAGACUCUGUAAACACCAUGAAACUGCAGCUGAUGGAUAAAUACGUAGUUCAUUUCUCCAGCACAGUACGAUCACUUAAAACCAAAAGAAAGUCUGACAUGUCCGACCUGCCCAUCUGGUGUCUGUUGUUUCUCCUCAUCAGUAUUUGUCAUGACCCGUUUAGGUUAUUUAUUGUUAAGAAUACUUUGUUAAAAUGCUAAUUCUCCCUUUGAUGUACCUUUACAAACAAUUCUACCCUGAAAUACUUUUUUUUUUUUUUUUAAUUUGCACUGAUUUGACUUAUCCUGUAUUCCAAUAACACUUAGAGCAAUGUUGUACACGUUAGUUGUACAAAUAUAAAUUAAAUUGCACUGAGGUUUCCACUGUUCAAAGCUAUGGAGGCCACUGGCUUAUUGGUGACCCUUUGACAUAACAGUAAAAUAGCGAGAAUGAAGGGCGACAGUUACUUAACCUCAUAAUUUGUAUAAUUUAAAACCCAAAGAUAAAACGAAGCAUCAAAUGUGUGUCACCAUGUGUUCACUUUGAAGAGUUUGUUGAAUUUUUUUUUUGCAUUCAACUCUGACUGAUUUUGUUUAAAAUCUCUCUUUUUUUAUUCUCUGCAAGCGUACAUUAAGUCCUAAAAACUAAAAUAAUGUUGCAACACACAAUGUAGAUGAAUAGACCACAUCAUAGCAUUAAAACUGAUAGGUUUGUUUACAGUUGUUAUUGUUUUCUAAUGACAGUUCAGCAUGAAUAUAUCUUGAUGCCUCCACAGAAGUAUUUGAUGUCACUCAAAGUUUGACUUCUUGUGCUGGAUGAUUUUCAAGAAAAUUCCUGUAUUGUUUUCAUUUACUUUGGAUCUGUUAAGCUUUUUUUCUAUUUAAGAUGCACUCGCAAAAGAGUGUAAAAUGUUGGUAGUUUGGUUUUUAUCAUUUGCAUUAUUUCCAGUCACCACAUUCUUAUAAGUACUGAAUUUUUGUUACUUUCAUAUGUUAUCAUAGCACAUUAUUUCUUAUAAUGCAACAGUGUGGAAGAUUAGGGGGAUUUAGUGGCAUUUAGUGGUGAGGAUCGCAGAUUGCAACCAGCUAAAAACUUCUCAUGGUCAGAACUCCAUCAUUGUUCACUGUUCAGGAGGUUUUAACUGGGAGCCAGAUUAUCAGCAGAGGUCUCUUCCUCUCCAUAGCAAAUGGACCAGGUUAUUAAAACCGGUAUAAAGACUCAAUAAAGCAGUUUCAUCGUAAAUAAAUCAGUGUUUGUGAGUUGUUGUUAAGCAGCUGCUAACUACAGUGUCAGACAUGACAACGUAAAUGGUCCUAUCUAGUGUCAGUGUUUGGUUUGUCCCUUCUGGACUACUGUAGAAACAUGGCAGUGCAACAGGCAAUUUCCGUAAACGAGAACCUGCUGACUAUGUAGAUAUAAACGGCUCAUUUUGAGGUAGCAAAAUCACAACAAUUCUUAUUUGCAGGUGAUUAUAAACUACAGAAAACAUGCUUAUCAUAUUACAUUCCACUUCUGCCAACAUAUCCCCCUAAAUCCUACACAUUGGAUCUUUAAUGCAGCGUUUACCGCACCUGUCCUGGAGUAACCCAUGUCCUGCGUGUUUCAGAUCUCUCCCUGCUCCUUCACAUCUGAUUCAAAUGGUCAAAUCAUCAUGAAUCCCUGAAGCUGCUUGAUAGCAAUAUGAUCAUUUAAAUCAGCUGUGCAGGAGCAUGGAGAGAUCUCAAACAUGCAGGACAAGGGACACCCCAGAAGAGGUUUUUGGGGAAAAGUGGGUAUUUCAUGUGUUAGUUAUUGUUCCGGGAUUAAAGUGACAUUCACUCCUC